UUCGGAUAUAUCUUUAAGCCCAGCAAAUGGGCAGCCGAAUUGAUACCCGGCGCCCCAGUUUAUGGGAAUAAUGGAGCGAAUAUAUGCGGGGUGCAUGCGGGGUAUCCCCAGCAUUUCCCCAACUUGUUUUAGAUUUAAGAUCCUCCUUCCUUCCCUGGAAGCACAUGGCUAAUCGGAUUUCCAUGCCUCUGUGUUUCUGUUCUCCUGAGUUUUUAUAACCACGACUAUUUCUUCUGCGGCUCUCAAGUUUUUCGAGAUGACCACCGUGAAGGUUGACGAAGUCGCACACGUGGAGCGCGAUGGUGGCAUCGAUCACGAUGCAGAUUUAAAGCAACCGCUGGACAAUUUCAACGAGAGUGAUGCAGUUGGAUACUCGGAGUAUAGAGAGGGUCUUAACAUAGAAAUUUCACAACAAGAAAAUCGCCGUGUCCGUUGGAAGAUUGAUCUAAUCAUUCUACCAAUCUUCUUGGUCACACAGACCUUGCAAUUUCUUGACAAGACGGCACUGAACUAUGCCAAUCUGUUCGGAUAUCAGAAAGCCCUUGGGCUACAUGGCCAACAGUUCAAUUACCUGUCUGCGAUGGUAUAUGCAGGAUACUUCUUUGGACAGUACCCCUGCGGCUGGCUCAUCGGCCGAUUCCCUGCACAGAAAGUUCUCGGCAUAAGCUGCUUGCUCUGGGGAGCAACAGUUCUUAUCCUGACACAAUGCCGAACAUUCAGCAGCGCCCUCGCCGUCCGCUUCAUAAUGGGCGUCUUUGAGGCCGCCGUAACUCCCGGUCUUACAUUGAUGACUGGAUUCUGGUACACCAGACAAGAGAUUCCGCUUCGCCAAUGCAUUUGGUACUCUGCCCUUGGAUGGGGCGGUAUUAUCGGCUCCUAUAUCUCGAUGGGCAUUUCCAAACUUCCCGAGGAUUUGACCCCGGAGCGCUGGGAGCUUAUUUUCUUCAUUCUCGGUGGUGCUACGUGUCUAUGGGCAUUUGUCAUCUACUUUCUGCUCCCCGACACUCCGUCAAAUGCGCGGUUCUUCAACGAGCGCGAACGCCUCGUUGCCGUCAAAAGAGUAGCUGGCAACGAGACGGGUAUCAAGAACAAGGCAUUCAACACCAAGCAAGCCAUUCAAGCCUUCGCUGAUCCCAAGGCUUUGCUCCUCUUUGCGUCUGUCUUCGCCGCUGCCAUCCCGAAUGGAGUUGUUAACUCCUUCUCUACCAUCAUUAUUAAAGAUUUGGGAUUUAGCACUACCAAAACGACCCAGCUCAAGUCCGUCGGCGAUGCGAUCCAAAUCAUUGCUCUCAUUAUCGGAGGAGCAAUUACCCUUAAUGUGCCGAACUCUCGCCUGCUAACAGCUACCGCCGCAAAUAUCAUAUGCACAGUUGCUGCCGCAUGUACAGCAUAUCUUCCACGUUCUAAUACCUGGGGACGACUCGUUUCGUUCUGGCUGGUUAACACGCAGUCCGUUGGAUUUACUAUCUCACUUGUGACCGUCUCAUCGAACAUGGCGGGGUUCACUCAUCGAUCGAUGGCUAGCGCUAUGAUUUUCACUGCAUACUGCUGGGGUAACUUUACAGGACCAUUUGUUGUUAAAGCUAGCGAGGCUCCGACCUAUCCCACUGCAACGGCAGGUCUACUCGCCGGCUACUCUGUCAAACUUGGAUGCCAUCUCUUACUUCUUGCAUACAUGUUUUUCACCAACAGAUACAGAGAGCGUACUUAUGGCCCUGCAAAUAAGGAGAUGAGUAACGAGGCUGGGAUGCAGGACAAGACGGAGUUCGAGAACAAGGAUUUCCGCUAUGUGCUGUAAAUGCCAUUUCGUAGAAU